UCAUCUAAGCGAUUAUUAUAUUUUACAUUUAUAGCCAUAAUUAUAUUAAAAUAGCCAACCCAAUAUUAUGCACAUUUAUUUCCAUACACAAUAAUAAUCUCAGUUUGAUAAUUAUUUGAAAUAGAAUUUUUACUUUCAUUUCAGAUUAAAUGCAAUCACAUCUUCGUUCUGGAUACCGGGUUGGGAAUUAGUGAAAACUGUGAUCCAAAAUUAUUAAUCUUUAAUUUAGAAAAUAAUACGCUAGUUAAAACUAUUAAUAUCCCACCUGACAUCGCUACUAACGAAUCUGGUUCUGGAUUUCUGACAAGACCUUUUGUUUACUGUCCUGGAAAAUGUAAUCGGUUAUUGGAUGAAAUGAUCGUAUUUAUAUCCGACAUGAUAGGUUCCGGUUUAGUGAUUUAUGACUCGUCUAAAAAUAGUUCAUGCAGGGUCGAAUCUGAUUUCAUGAGAGCGACUAACUCUAUUAAUUUCACCAUAGCAAACGAAACUAUAUCUUUUAUAGCCGGUAUAUACGAUAUGACGACCAUCCACGACGACCUUUUCUAUAAUCCAUUAACGGAGAAGAAAAUAUAUAAGAUGAAAAUAGCGAAUCUACUAAAAUGUCCAGAUAGAGAAACAGCAAAUAAUCAAACUGAACUUGCGGGUGAAUUAUCAGUUCAGACAGGACCAAUAGCAUCUGCAAAAUGUUCAAUCUUUACAACUAAUUACCUACAAAGUACCAUUGAAGGCACGAACGCUUGCAAACAAUUUUAUCCUGAGAGCAUGGUGGUUCUUGCGCAAAAUAACGAAACAUUGCAAUCUGUAUCUGGAAUGAAGGCUCUAAAGAAUCAUAAAGAACUGAUAGUGUUGUCAAACAGGUUUGAUGCUUUUAUUUUUGGUAUAAAUCCAAAUGAGACAAAUUUCUUUGUCGUCAAGUUUGAUUUAAAGAAAAUACAAAAGGAAAUCAAUUCUAAUACUUGUACCAAAUAUGAUUUACAUAAUGUUUGA